AUGUCAUUAGAUCAGCUUCACGAGUUGCCUGAAUGGCUUCAGGAAAUCAUCCUCAACGGGCCUGCGCUCGCACCACCACCAGGGGUCAAGUCAAAUCUUGACCAUCCGCCGAACUUGAACACCUUGGGGAUAGCUGUCACUACCAUAUGUCUUUCCAUAUCGACGAUUGUUUUCGCGCUAGCGGCAUACGCGAAGCUGUAUUGUAUGAAGAAAGUCCACGUAGAAGAUUUUCUUGUUCUUUCUAGUUAUGGGCUUAUCGUCGGUGCUUCCGCUCUGCUAUACCGGGCUCCAUUUACUGUAGGGUACUUUGUGCACCAAUGGAAUGCCCGAGUCAAGGACUUGCCGCCGACAUUAUAUCUCCUCCAUGUUGGGUCUCUUCUAUAUUCGGUGUCGAUCAUGCUCCUCAAGGUUGCUAUCCUUCUACAGUGGAUACGGAUAUUCGUCCCCCGUGGCAGUAAGGGAACAUUCUAUUGGACCUCUUACGUUUUGGUUCUCGCCAAUAUCCUGCUAUACUCUUCUAUAGUAAUCUCUAUAUGCGUCGCCUGUACACCGUACUAUAGGAUAUGGGACGAGACAGCAGUGGGAACGUGUCAUGCGAAUCGGGAAAUCAUCUACAUUGCCGGUGCUAUCGGCAAUCUAGUCUCGGAUGUCAUCAUCACGCUCCUCCCACAACGAGUCAUAUGGAAACUACAGGUUAAAACUCAGAAGAAGAUUGGUAUCGCCUUCAUCUUCUUUGUUGGGCUGCUUACCAUCAUCUCGGGCGGGUUUAAGGUAGAUGCCUCCAUUCAUCUCUAUCUCGACGACGACAAGACGUACCAGACAUCCGCCGUGGCCGUGUGGGCUAUUGCCGAACUAACAUGCGUCCUUCUGGUCUAUUGCGUACCUUCUAUUCCAAAGAUAUUCAAGGACUCGAGAAUUUCUAUUAAGCUGCCUUCAUCUUUUGUAUCUUGGUUGAGAUCGGGUUCGACGAAAACAGACUCAGGGGCUAGCUCUUCUCUGCCGAGCUUUGAAGGUAAACAGAUAGCGCUUAGCGCGUCAAGACAGUCGAAACUCAGUGCUGGUGCGGCAUAGAGACGGAACUGGUAGAUGAGUUGUGCGACUGGCAUCAAGAAACACGUGCGCCAACUGGGUUAACUGAACUGAUAAUAAUCGUUGAGAAGGCAAGACAGACUGGUGAUAUGGCUACGAUAUUAACCACUACAGUAUCGCUGAUAAGGGC